CAAUUUACGUUUGUGGAUUUGUUGUUGGUGUUUUUGGUUUUUGCUGAUUUUCUAUAAAAAUAUGUAUUUGUAACAGUUAGCAUUGUACACAUAAUUAUAAUGUCAAUACAGCGUUAAAAUAUAAUCUCAAUUCUCAGCCAUUGGUAGUGAGAAUAUUUUAACAGAAACACAGUACAAAACUGUAUGUUAAUAAAAUGGCUGGAACUUACUAUUUCGUUAUAGUUGGCCACUCUGAUAACCCUAUAUUCGAAAUGGACUUCAUACCUGUCACUAAAGAAGUGAAGAAAGAAGACAACAGACACCUGAAUCAGUUCAUAGCUCACGCUGCCCUGGACCUGGUGGACGAGCACAUGUGGAAGGUCACCAACACGUACCUCAAGUCUGUGGACAAGUUCAACCAGUGGUUUGUCUCCGCAUUUGUGACUGCUAGUCAGAUGAGGUUUGUCAUGGUCCAUGAUGCACGCAACGAAGAUGGCAUCAAGAACUUCUUCACAGAUGUUUACGAAGCAUACAUUAAAUUAUUACUAAACCCUUUUUACAAGGAAGACACAGCUAUAUCGUUCCCAGCUUUUGAAAAGAAAGUGCAGCUACUUGGCAAAAAAUAUCUGACAUAAAUAUUUAUUUUGGUCUGUAAUUUUAUUUGUUAUAGCUACUGAAGAUAUGUAAUAUAUUAAGUGUAAUUGUAAUUAUUAUAUUUAUAACUGUACAUAAUAA